AUGGCGCGUCCGAACAACUGCCGGAGGCUGUGGCUGACGCUGUUGGCCGUCUGUGUGUGCGGGGCGUCCGCUCAACGGCUCGUGCCGUCAGUCAAAGUCCGCGACCAGGGCACCGUGUCCGGCGACGACGUAGUGCUCAGCAAGCUCGGAUACCGGGCCUGGGUAUAUCUGGGCAUACCGUUCGCCAAGCCGCCCGUGGGCGACCUCCGGUUCGAGGCGCCCGACGCGGACCCGCCGCCCGCGUGGACCGGAGUCCGCAACGGGUCCGCGCACAUGCCGGGGUGCAUUCAGAAUCCGCCGGCCAUCACGCAACCCAUAUACAGGCUGUUCGCUUCCAUGGGUGCCACGUCCGGCGGCCAGCACAAGACAUCCGAGGAUUGUCUGUACUUGAACAUCUACAGGCCCGAAGGUGAGUACCGAGUAUACACCUGCAAAAUUAGUGCUGGCAGUCAGAUGCCGGAUUUAAGGUUAUGGGAGCCCGGGGCUAAAUACCGAUAAGAAAACUGGUUAAAGAUACGUAUAAAUAAACAAAAAAAAAAAACAAAUCAUCUACAAAAACACACAUUGUGCGGCCCUCUUUAACUUACGGCCCGGAGUUAUAGCCUUCCUCCUUUAUCUAGCCCUGCUGGAAGUCGUGCACGUAUGAUAUUGUAUUCAAAUAUUUGAAAUUAUUUGUUUUGUACUUACCGAUUUUAAGCGACAGUUACGUUGGAAUGUUCGGAUUAAUAUAUACCGCGACCGUGGUGUCGGUGUGUUAUUAUAGAUGCCGAAGUGUAUUUUUGCAAGUUAAAAUGUUCGAAAUACGAGUUUAAAUUUAAUUUUUAAUUACUUUUUUUUUAAAUUUAAUUAUUAUAUCUACUUGUUAUUAUUAUUAGGUAUUAGUUUAAUGUCCAUUGCCUAAACAGUGGUUCUCAACCUUUUUGACACUACGGACCACUUAAAGAACUUUCUAUGGGGUGCGGACCAUCACUAUAUCGGCCGAUAACCAUAAAAAAAAAAAAAAGUAAUAAAAAUCUGGUAAUGUGAAAGCAACUAUUCGUUAUACGUUCAGGCAAGGCCAAAUUUUUAACGCCUGGCCAAAUUACGGAAUUUUAAAUACUCAAAUAAAAAUUGUAAUUUUGUAGGUAUUGCCUCGUGGACCACCACACAUUAUCUCAAGGACCACCGGUGGUCCACGGACCAUACGUUGGGAACCACCUUAAGGGAUAUUUUAAAAUACAUUUAGUGCGUACGUGUUGUGUUUUAGAACUUUUGACAUAAUAAUAUUGUUUCGACGAUUUAGAUUUUUGAAAACGUGGCAUAACAUGACUAAUAUGCGUCUCUGUUAUUAUAUACUUAUGUGUAAUGCUUAGAAUAGUAAUGGUUACGUAACAGUUCGCCACACUGUACGAGUCGGUGCUUCCAAAGACAUUUUCAGUAUAGAUAUUUUAUUAAUUUUAAUUUUAAAAAAAUUCAAUGUAUCCUAUAUUAUAGUCAAAAGAAUUAUAAUAUGAUUUCAAAAUCGAAACUAGUAAAAUGUAAUUCCAAUAGUUUAUCUGGAUUUUUGAUCUAAAACGUUUUAUUCGUCGCGUUGCGUCGGUAAGAAAAACGGCCGUACCGACCCUUUAAUUUAAUAUGUAUCAGACAGUAGCUGAUCAAUGGAAUAGUCUUAUCAUUAAGGUGGAAGAAGGUUAUUGAAAUAUAAAAAAAAUUGAAAAAAAUUUAGAUAAUUGUCAACCGAAAUUUUCCUAUUUUAUUUUUAUUAUUUUUUAUUUAGCAGUAAUUUUCGAAUUCUAAAGCAGUCUAUAGCAGUAUAGCAUUUUAAUAAAAUAUACUUAUUAUUCAUCAUGUUUGAAAAUGUAAAUGGAUACCUACAAUUACAAAAUGUAUAGAAGAUAAUAAUAUAAAAUAACUAUUGUACUAAUAAUUUAAAAUUAAAUAAAAAUGCAAUUAGUUGUUACUUAUCUAUUAUAGUUCAAAAUUUUAAAUAUUUAUUUAGUUAUACGUUAUACAUACCAAAAUUUUAAGACCCGGGUUUCUAUGCAAAUACUAUGUAUAAUAAUAAUAUUAUAUAUUGUACAUGUUUCUGUACAUUUUACUCCAUAAAUAUUUGUGUUCGUUAAGUCGAUGUUUCAAAAGUUCGUGAAUCUUUUAUAGACCCGAUAAAGGUAAUAUUUAGGUGAUAUCAUUUUCUAUGAUAUCAUGGUAAAAAUAUCCAAAAUAGAUAUUCUAGCAAUAAAUGAUACAAUAUCAUUUGUUUAUGUACAGUUAAUAGUUUUAUUUAAUGGAUAAAUACGGAAAAUUAUUAGUUUCAUCGUACUUUUUGAUAAUUUUCAAUCAGUGAACAAAUUUUCUUCGAUAAAUUUUGUUUCGAUCAUCAACUUCAUGGGUGGUUUAUUGGUGGUGAACAUUGUUCAAGUGGUAUGAUGAAGCAGUAAUUUCUUGAUUUUCGUUGUAAUUACUUGAUAAUAGAGAAAAAUUCUUAAAAAGACACCAAAAGAAGAGAAAAUGUACCUAGUAUAACAGUGUCUAAUAUUUCCGAUUUUAUUUUAUUAUUAUACUAUUCAGUUACAAAGAAUAAGAUACAUUACAUUUAUUAUCAUAUUACUUCAGGCGAUGCAUUCGUUCGUUAAUCAUUUUUUCUUUAAUUUUUAUUUAUUCUAAUUCGUAACGCAAAAGCUUGACAUUAUUUUUGAAUAAUGUUUGUUGAACAAAAACGUAAAUUGUCGAGAAACAAUUGAAAUUAUAAUAGUGAUUUUUUUCGUAAUAUUAAAUUUUAAGUGGUCUGAGAAUUUUAAAAUUGCAUGUUUUCUAUUUUUUUUAUUUUAAAAAUAAACUUCAGUAUGUAACUACCUAUAUCUAUAUAAUACUUGCCCGUUGCUUUGCGUGCUGGUGUCAAAAAAAUCAUAAUCUUGUGUAAUAUUUCCCUUGAUACACAUUAUUACACAGAAAUGAAAUGUUAAAAAUAAAUUUAAUUUAUUGCCUAUAUUUGUUAAAUGUACAUUACUUGUGCAAUAUAUAUAUAAAUAAUAUUGUAUUAAUUAUUGUUAAUUUGUUAAAUAUAAUCAUUUGACCAAAAAAUUAUACCUAUAAUGAACCUCCUGUAAAAUGUUCACAUAUUUCUGUUUGGUUUGACAAUUUUAUCCACAGAAUACCUACCGAAUACAAGUUAAGUAAAAAUCGUAAAAUUAAUAUGUCUAUAGAUAGCUCAAAAAUGGCUAAAAUAUUUUAAACAUUUUACUCCGUCUAGAAGAGGUAAAUAAAUAAUAAUUUUUCAGUUCAAAUUUCAAAUUAAAAAUAAUACAUAACGUACAUUUUUCCUGUUUCCACAAGUCUUUCCCGGCUUUUCCCAAUUAUUAUGAAAAUCGUAUGAAAAUUCAAAAAAUAACCUUCUUAUAGUAACGCCCAAUUAAAAAGUGUUCAGAAACAGUAUUACACUUCAAAAUUGGAGCAAAAUUUUUAGUAGAAAAGUUGUUCAUAGGCAGAAAUAAAAAUCACACAUUGUAAAAGAGAAAAACCAAUAUAUUACUGUCUUUGCUCAGAAUACAAUAAAUACAAUUUACAUGUGUUAUUACAUAUAUUAUAUGAUUAAUGAGUAGUUUUCCAUAAAAAUAAAAAAUACCUCAUAUAGUUUUCAAUUUAAUUAUACUCAAAAAGAAAAAAACAAUUUUUUGAUUGAUAAACUUAACGAGGGCGUAACUAAUUAUUACAUUUUAAAUCGAUAUAAUACCUUAGUCACAUGAAUAAUUAUCAAUUGUUUAGGCCUACGUGACCCAAAUAAAAUUAGUCAAUUGGCUUCAGUUUUUUAUUUACGUAUACCUAUGUUAUAUCAAGUGAAAAAGGAAAACAUCUAUUGUUAGAUAAACGUAUUAUCGCAUUUUUUCUACUGUGUAUAAUGUAUUAAAUAGGAUAAAUUAACGAUCAUUUAUGUGAUUGUUUUAUUUUUUAAUGCUAAUUUCACAAUAUUUACUCAAAUUAUGCCACAGUUCGUAUAAAAAUAACUUUCUAAAUUGAAAAAAAAAAUUGUAUUCAUAUUUUUUAAAAGUUAUUAAUUUAUUAUUAUUAUUAUUUUUUUUUUUUUUUGAAAUCGUUUUUUUUUGUACUUAUAUUUUAUAUUACUAAGCUUACAAAAAAAAUAUGUUAUGUACGCCAUUGUUGAUUAAUUCAAAAUGAACAUCCUAAACUUUUUAAUGAUGUGGUCGAUUAUAUAUUUAAAAAAAUAUUUUUUUAUUAUUACCAUUCUCUAUAUUAAACCACACGCAAUUUAAACUCAUUUAAGAUUUAAAUAAUGAGAUUAUAAUUGUAGUUCGUUGAAUUAUUAUUUAGUGGUUUUAUGAAGUUUUGCAUUCUGUCUGCAAAGUAAGUUUGAGGUAUUUUUUAUGUGGUUCUAGUAGUAUGACAUAAUACCUACUCAAAAAUAUAAUACACCAACAAUUUUGUCAAUAUUUGAAUGAACUAGCAACCACUCAACCAUCCACCUCAAAUUAUUGGUGGUUCAGUGAAUUACUAAAAUAAUAUUCAAACUAAUAUUGCCUUUGUGCAGUAUUGUCGUAUUGGUUAAUAUAAUAAUACAUGAUAAUAAUAAUACGUUUAUCUAGCAAAAAUAAUUUACAAUUUUACAAUAAUAAACAGAAAAAAAUUAGAAGUUAUAUGUUUGCAACUCCCCUUUAAACAUAAAGCUCGUGUUGGGAGGUAUAUAAGUUUGAGUUUAGUACAUUGUCGAGUGUAAAAUAAAGUAAUAAAUAUAAAUAUAAAAUUACAAAAAAAAAAAUAAACAUGCAUAGAUAAUUAGAUAGAUAUACUAAAUUAAAUCUGAUCCAAGUCUUCAACUACAUAGCUUUAGUCCUGAUGACAAUACAUUAAUAUAAGCAAACAAAUUUAUUACAUUUAAAACUAAAAACUAUCGUAAAAUGUUUUUUUUUUCAAUAUUAUUUUACUUAUUUUUCUUAUAAUUUUGUGUAAUUAUUCUUAAGAUUGAUUUUCAUCAAUUUUCCAUUAUUUUGUGUUCCUUGCUUUACAAUUCUUUACAAUUUUUUCGUAGGAAUUAUACUCUUGGUCCAUUACUAUUCUUUUUACAGAAUAUAUAUAUUCUAUACCUUACAUAAUUUUCAUUUUCUUUGCACCCUUCUAUAGUCCAAACAACACACCAUGUUUCAGCACAUGUUCAAUCCAUUUAUUUUGUUUUUAAAAUACUUUUCUAUCAUGAUGCUCUUCACUCUGAUAUUUAUUUCAAUACUUAUUUUACUUAGUGAGUAAAUAAAAUAAAAUAACAAUAUUUGUUUGAUUUUAUGAGAUCUAUAGAAAUAAUUAUUUCUAGUAUUUGUUAUUUGUAUAGGUAAAUACAUUUUACAAUUCCUUUUUUGAUAUAACGGAUACCUCUAGGCUAUAUUAUUUUUAAGCGCGUUUUAUUUUUUGUCAAUUUUAUGAUUACAAUUAUUGCUGUAUUAUAGAUAUACCUAGAUAUGUUUAUACCACGAGCAAAUUAAUCGGAUUAGAGAAGUCAAUCCGAAUCGAUAUAUCGGAUUAAGUUCCUUAACUGAUCGCGUUAACACGGUACGUUUACAUCAUAUACCUAUAAACAGUAGUGGUGUCUAAAUUUUACCAAAUCUAAAUUUGUAGUCACGGUGGUGUAAGCAUAUAAAAAAUACUCACAAUGUCAUAUACAUUAAACAGUUGCGUUAAAAAUAAUAGAGCGUACAUAGGUAAAAAGUAAAUUUAAAUUUUAAAUAUAAUAAUUUUAUUUAAAACUAUACAAAUAUGCAAUACCUAAAUAUUAAAAUUAUAAAAUAUAUUUGACAAACAGAACUUAAAUAAAAUGGUAAAACAAUAUUUAUUGUAAUUCAGAAAUGUAUGCCUAUACUAUAAAAUAGCUAUUAUACUCGUGUAUAAAAACGCUUGUCAUCCUGAGUCUGACUGGUUUAAUGACUGAUUCAUUAUUACCAUACCGAAACUGCUGAACCUAUAAGUACAAAAUGUGGACAGUAGUUUCAUGUUAUAACAUAGACUCCCUCAGUAGGGGUUUUUUAAAAUUCAAGAGGGUUUUAAAGUGAAACUUCAUAGUGUCUAGAGCUUUUAGGUAGAGCCGCUUGCCAGGGAGCGAGGCAACUUCGUGGCGUCGUCACCGAUGCUUAGCGUAUAUAUCCAUAGACAGCCUCUGACUCUCUCAUUUUAUUUUCUCUUCGCCAUAAUCCCCCUCGAUCAUGAUGAGAACGGUAUACCUGGACCGGAGCGCCACGUUCACCAGCCUAGCGGUGUGUUUUUUACAUAUAAAGUGUUCCCUAAUAGGGAAACGUAGGACAGCUUUUUCUCCACGACUGACAUGAGGAGUGCCCGCUUCGCCUGAGAGGGCCUCCUGAUGAUCGAUAUCAAUCACCCAAUAGUGAUGACUAUCUUUAUUGUCUUGCUGCCGAAGGUAUUUUAACUCAAGUGCUUAUUAUUACAGACUGUCAAGACCCAUACCUCUUAAAUUUCCUAACAUUUGUUGUUUCAAGCAUGGGCGUUCUCACGGGGGGAGGGGGGUGGAUCCUCCAUCUUCUAUAGUUUUUAAUUUUAGGUAAUAUAGAGUUUCCUGUUUAACUAAUAUUUAGUGAUGAUAAUCAAAUUAGUAAAUAUAAUCAAUAAACAUUUUUUUGACUCGUUAUUAUUUUAUACAAUAUUCGUAUACAGAUUACAGACCAUGCACGGUUACAGACUGUAUUUGUAUUUUAUAUGCCUAUGGUUACAGAUUAUCUUUACUGCGGUUUUGGUUUAUAAUCAGCUGAGUUCAAUGAAACUCCUUUGUAUGGUUGAAUUAUGCAUAAAUUCAAAUUCUGUUUUUUGGAAAUUUUAAGUUUUUUGCAUAUUUAGGUGUUCCACGACAUUAAAUAUUGUGGAGUUAUUUUAAAGAAUAUCCGUGGUGAUAAGAAAAUUUAUUUUUCAAAUUAGAACCUACAUAUUUUGAUACAAAUUAAUGAUUUUUUUUUCAACAUUUUGAUAUAUUUCAAAUGAAAUUUAUGAUGAACGAAAUAUUUCAGAGUUAUUCUCAUUUACAUAAUAAGGAUAAUAGUUUUUACGGCAAUCGGAUACCAACUGCGUAUAGAUAACUUCUUAUUUUGAAUCGUGCAGUUAUUAUUCUUUAGUAUUUAAAUUAGAAUAAUUCGGACCCUUUUGUUUAAAUGUUUUGUUGUUUAAAUUUCGAUAAAAAUACGUCUACAUUUUCAGUCAAAUCACCUGAUUGACAAUUUGCAUUAAAACAUGUUUCAUUAGAAAAACCAAACUUGGUAUUGUCACAGGAUACUCCUUAAGGAUACACUUAAGUAUUUUAAAAAAUAUAAGAGUAUGAAAAUAUCAUCUUUUACUACACUUAAAAAUUACAAAUAUCAGAAUUUGACUUUAUGCAUAAUUUAACCAUAUACACGGAGUGAGUACUGAACAUGCUUAAAAAAUCACUCUGUAUAUUGUUAUAGAUAUUUAAGAAAAAAAAAUUAAUAGGGAGAUACGUCCCACUCACCUCCUCCAUUUGAUUGCCCCUUAAAUAUAGCGUAUUGAAAACGUAUAUUUGAUCAAAAUGAAACGAAAUUAUUUAAUUAAUUACUUGAAUUAGUAAGUAUGUUACAUUUUGUUUCAAAAGAAAGUUUAUGCCUCCUACAAGUAUUAAUAUGGAGGAGACUAUAAAAGUUGAAGGUAAAGGUGAUGUAGGCAAAAGUAAAUUGCCUGAGCAACCUGAUGAAAAUUGUAGUUGUAGAUAGAGAAGUCCAAUUCUCAAAACUCAAGAAAAAUUGAUAUCAUUUGAUAAAUUCAAUAUUUUAAUCAAAAAUAUAAUUUGUUAUAAUUUAGUUUAUGUUGAUUUUAUAUAAGAGAUGGGUUGUGAGGGCUUAAUUCCCAAGGCUUACUUUUUAAUACAUUUUCAUAUCCCCACCAAUACAAAAUCCUGAGAACGUCUUUUAGAACUUAGAUUAUUAACUAUCGUUUAAACAGUUUAACUCAUAAUUGGGUUAUCUACUUUUUUAGUAUAGUAGAGUAAUUUGAGUGUGUCAUUAUAAAAAAUUAUAAUAACUAUAGCUAAACAAACAAAAUCCGAUGUUUACGACUACAACUCAAAUGAAAUGUAUUCAAACUAACUUUUUCGGCAUAUAAAAAUGUGUAAAAAAAGGUGUUUUAGAAUAAUGGUGACGGGAACAACCAUUGUUGUAGGUGGAAAUUUGGAAAGGUAGGAUACAGAAGGGAAUUUAAUGUAAAAAAUGAAAACAACACCAUUGUUUGGGGUAAUAUUGAUUUUCAAUCUACUCGAUUAACAGAAUAUAUAUUGAAGGUUAAAAAGAAAGACGUCCUAGAAUAAUGGGGAUGGGUGCAGCCACUGUUAUAGAUAAUUUAAUGUAUACCUGUAAAUAAUAAUAAACUAUUGCUUACAAAGAAACGAUUCUGAGCACAGUACAGUUGAUUGUAAUGUUUUGCCAACGAUAUAUAUAUCUCAUUUUAUAUUAAAAUAUUUAAAUUGGUUUUAUAUAUUAUCUUUAAUAAUAUUUAUUUAAUGUUGUACUAGUUUUCCCAGUUUUACUACGUCUUUACCGGUUUUCCCAUGUUUUAUCCCGUUUUUUUUUAAAUUUGAAGAGAAAACUCUUAAGAAAUACGAAAAAUGACCUCUCUAAAGUACUUCGCAAGUGAAUUUUUUUUUUAGAAACAUUGCUAUCAUUCAAAGUUGGAGCAAAAGUGCUCAGUAGAAAAGUUGCCACCGGAAAAAAAAAAUAUAAAUAUCUUUGUAAAACUAAAUGCUUCUUCGCUCUACUCAGAAUCUAAAAAUAUAUUUUCUUGGGAUGCAAAAUACUAAAAAAUAACAGGUCAUGGAGGCAUCCAUCCCCGAAACCUCUCUCUGUCCAAGUAAAUACACUACUUAUUGAACUUAGAAUUGUAUUGUAUUAUAUUAUAUAAGUUCAAGACUAGUUCACUAGGUAUUUAUACACUGUAUCAAGGCCGCAUAAUGGUAAAAAAUAAUAAUAUUAUGAUACUAAGCGGGUAAGCGUUGGGUAUUAUAAAUCUUACGGUAAACCAAGGUACUUUUAUAGAUAAUAUGAUAUGUAAGAUAAAGUAUUAAUUAAAUGUGUAGACAGCGUAUAGUUACUGAUGUAAUAGGCUGUUAUUAAUCAAAUAAUUUAACAUUGCGUGAGAAUACGUGAAUAUUAUAUAGGUGUAUCUACUAAUGUGUUGUAUGGAAUAGUCACGAAAGUAGAAGAAUUGUUUUUAUAAAAGUAUUAUUUUCGGGCACGUUAUAUACUCAAGUUUUUCUUCCCUUCCAAUCUAAGGGCUUACUAUUGUCAUUAAGGUAGAGUAAUUUUAUUUAUUUUAUCUGAUUUUAUUUUAAUUCUGAAUACUUUCUUUUCAUACAUAAUAUACCUUUAUAACACCGCGGUGACGGUUGUAAUUUAAUUUAUACGCAUCACGAAUGACGAAUUAUUACGUGAAGAUUUUAACAAUAGAUAAAAUGAAACAGGUAAGUAUCUAACUUCAAGUUCAUGUCGAUUUAUUUUCUUUACAUUUUAUUUUAGUUUAGAAGAUUUAGCAUUAUGUUUUUAAGUUGUAAAAGUUCCUUCACUUUUUAGAUUUUAGAUAUGAAUUGUCUGUAAACAACUUUUCUGUUAGAAAUCUUACUCCAACCACCAACUUCAGAGGUGGUUUUGGUGCAUUGAGUGGGAAAUUAUGUGAUAUUAUUUAAGGUUUUCUUAAUAAACACAGAAAACCCGAUGGAAAACACAGCGGAAAAACAGGAAAAUGUAUACAACAAAGAUUUCUUUUAUUUUCAAGUUUGUUUUUUUGUGUAAUUCAGUUCAACAACAAUCGUAGAGAUCUGAAAUAUUCACCCAAUACUUAUAUAAGCACUUUUUAGACAUGAUACAAUUUUUAAAAAAAUUAAAUGUUUUUUUGAACUAUUAAAAGGCAUUUGAAAUUGUCAAGUUCUUAUUUUUAUUUGGUCUUAUAUAAAUGUAAUUCUUUUUGCCUAUCAAAAUUGUUUGAAAAUUUAAUAAUAUCUAUAAAAUAUUAUGUAAAUAAUAUUUGAUUAUAUAUUUUAUGAAAUAAUUUUGAUGAAUCCAUGCAUCAUUACUUGAUUUUAUUUUUCCAUUUAGAGAUGUUAGCAGUAAAAAGAAAGAAAAUUACAAAAAUUGUUUGUUUAAAAUAUUUAAGAGUUAACCGAUUAUAUUUAGAGUAAAUAAAUAUAUAAAUACAAAAUAUAUACAUAGAAAAAAAAAAUAAAAAUAAAUGAAUAAAUAUUUUGAUUAGUGUAUAAUACCAUUAGUUUCAAAUUAAAAAUUCAUUAUUAGGUAUAUCUCAUUAUAUUUAUAUCAUUUUAUAAACUUUAGAUAUUUAGGUAGCUAUUUGAGUAAACACAACAGAUUUUAAAUAUCAGUUAACAAAAAANUAUUGAACAGUGAAAUAUAUUUAAUUAAUAUUUUCAAUUAUUAUUGAAGAAUUAUCUAAAUAUAAUUGUUAAAACACAAUAUUGUUAUUUAAAAAAAAUGUAUAAUUUAAACAAAAUUAAUGCAAAAUGGAAUGCUUAUUGUUCCAUCAAAACUAAUGUUUACUUUCAAUUUAUCUAAUUUUAAGAUAUCUGUGUUUAAAAAUUUGUUUAUACCUUCAAAAGUAAAAUUUGGACUGUGUAUACUUAAACUUGUUAUUGACCGCCCCUUAAGUUUGUUUACUAGAACAUCAAACCAUCUGUCACCAGUUACAAUGCAAUUUCUAAAAAUUAUAGUUUCUAAAUCAUGAUUUAUGUUAAGCAAGUUUUGUAGAAACCUAUCACUAGCUAUUUUAUGGUCCAAGCGAAAUUGUUUCAAAUGUCUGAAACUAAGAUGUAAAUUUGUCAUGUCGAUAAAAUUAGGAAACUUGCAUUCAAUGUAGGCUAAAUUCUGUAUAUUUGAAUAUACUUGACCUAAUUCAUACAGAGUAUGCUGGGUAUGUGAUUUAACAUUUAUAUGACUGAAUAUUAAUGUUGUAAGAUUUUUCAAAUAUGUAAAAUCCGUAGAAAAAUAUAUUUCAAGAUUAUAUUUGAUUUCUAAAACUGUAAUAUGCUUAUAUAUUGUAUCUGAGUAAUGAAUAGAGGAAUCACAAGCAUCUAAAUAUGUUUGAAUCGUUCUACUACCAAUCUCAAAAUGGGCUGGUGAUAGAUGUAAAAAGUUGUCAAAUGCAGUUUUAGUAUAGAAAUAUUCUACUACAAGUCGCGGAUAAUUAUUGCAAUGUAUCAUCCCAAUUUGCUUUAUUGUGUGUGAAUCUGAUUGAAUAAUACUCUGCCAUCGUCUGCACACAAAUGGUAGAACUACAAUAAAAUCCUUGGCUGAAACGUUUCGGAAUAUUUGGAGUAAAAUUUCAUCAGGUAGUUUGUUAAUGCAAAUUUGGUCGGUUUCCAUUUCUGCAAAAUCAUACAAUAAAAAUAACUAUUAAAUAUUGUUAUUUUAUUCAGUUAAAUUACAAUAUUCUUUCAGAUUCAUAAUCUUUAGGUAAAUUGCCCUUUAAUAUUAUAAUUAUUAAAUAUUGAUACCUAUUAAAAUUGUAUAGUCAAAUUAUAAAAAAUGUCACCUUUGAGUUGACUGGCUUUUUUUCCUGAUCAUCAGGUGUUAUAAAAUUAUAAUUUCAAAAUAUUAUGCAUUGAAUGUUGUAUGUUUUACAUAUAAUACACAGAUAAAGCAGUUAUAGAAAAUUGGAUAAAAAAUUAAUAAAAUCUUAAUCAGACGAAAUACAUUUCAAGAGGUUCUAAUAUCUAUAAAAAAUAUUAUUAUUUUUUGUUGAUUACUUUUAACAUAAAAUUAUAGUGGAGAACAGAAGAGGUCGUACGCAUUUAGUGUUAUUGCAUUUUAACCGAAUUGGAAGUGAUUGAAAAACACUGAAGAAAAAAAACAAUUAGAUAAUACCGCACGAGGAAUACUCAAUGAGUUAUAACAUAAAAAAUAACUAAUAAAAUAAAAAUGGUACCUAAAUAAUUUAAUAACUGAAAUGACUAAUCAUUAAAUGCAGUUCUUUCGGUUCAUCUUUUGUAUUUACUAUCAUUAUUAUUUAUUAUCAUUAUAAUUAUUAUACUGUAUUAUGCUGAUAACUAUACUAUAGUUGAUUUUAUGAAUUGUGCCCAUUGACAAGAGGCGCCUAGUAGACUAUUUGACGCAGGGGCUCCAAAAAAAACACGAUAUAAAGCGCGGCAAAUUUAAAUUUAUUACUUAUUUGUUUAUUAUCUUAAAAAUGUCUAUUUUUUACACCGUUAUUUAAAUGCAGUAUUUCAUAAUACAAAUUAUGAAAAAUUCAGAUAAUUUAGUUUCACGAUUUUUAUUUGUCUGCAAAUAAAAAUAACACAAUUAAUUAAUAAAACAUUAAAAAAAAUUAUGAGAACCAUGGUUUGUAGAAAUACCGUCACAAGGUACACCACCGUUGAGGGCCAUUUUUUUUUAAAAGCACUAUGGGUAGAAGCUUUGACAUAAUAUUAUAAUUAAUGUAAUCCCCCUGAGAUAGAUAACAAUAUUAUUACUACGCUGUACAGUUUCUCAUAAUAAUAAUUAUUAAUNAUUUUAAUACUUACUACUACUAUAUUUAAUUUAUUAUUGCUUUGUCCAGUGGCGUGCCCAGUAAUUUACAAUGGUAGGGGAUGGGACAAAUGAAAAUCGUGAAUAAAAAAUGAAAUCGUCUUUUCUACCCAAAUCGACUAUGAGAAUUGGUAAUGUAAAAGCCGGAAACUAAAAGAAAAACCAAUUUUUAAUCAAUUCGUCAAUUUAUCCGUAGGAAAUCUGCUGGAAUUCAUGAUUCUCGAUAAUAGAUUACCUAUACUUUGUUGUAUUUUUAAAACCGUGAGGGGGGGAUUAAAUCCCUAAUCUCCCACCGUGCACAUGCCGUUGGCCUUGUCUGCUUUAACGAAGCGAAUUCAGAAAUUAAGUCGAAAAUAAACAACGGUUUCUUAUGAUAAAACAUGGCUUGUUUAUCUCAUUGCGCGACCACUGUGUGCAAUUUAUUUUUAUAGGUACAAAAAAACCAUCUUAUAUCGGAGCCACCGUACGACGAAAUCAACUUAAAACGGAAAAAUCAGUUGGUACCGAGUGAUUCCGUUUUAAGGAUGUUAAAAAUAUUUAUGUUAUAUGUGACCCCGUUUGGUUUUCAAAAAUUUGAAACAUCCGAUUUCCUCUCAAAAUCAUCUGAUUGACAACCAACAAAUAUGGUUAGUGCUCGAGAUGAUGAAAGACGAUGGAUCGAUAAGGUUUAUGCCUUUAUUGUCAAUAGAUGAGUUAAUAAAAUAUCUUUAGUACAGCGAAAAUUAGUAGAUAACUGUCGACACUGAAAUAGUCACUUCCUAAAUUUAAAUGAAUUUAUACCUACCAUCAAUAUCCCUUUCAUAACCACUAUCCAUUACAAUGGAAAUGAGUAAAUAACUUUAUAGUCAUUACUGUGGAUCUAUAUCUUAAAUAAACAAUUGAUUAAAUGAUAUUUUAAUUAUUUAGUUAAAUAAUGAAAGGAAUAUUAAUUCCAAAUUUAUAUACAGGUAUCCCACAAAGUCCNCUGUAUUAUAGCUUUUGAUAUCUAUACUAAGGUAGAUUCCACGAAAAGUUGCCAUCAAUGGUGGCGCGCCUAGUAGACUAUUUGACGCAGGGGCUCCAAAAAAAAACGCGAUAUAAAGCGCGGCAAAUUUAAAUUAAUUACUUAUUUGUAUAUUAUCUUAAAAAUGUUUAUUUUUUACACCGUUAUUUAAAUACAGUAUAUCAUAAUACAAAUUAUGAAAAAUUCAGCUAAUUUAGUAUCACGAUUUUUAUUUGUCUGCAAAUAAAAAUAACACGAUUAAUUAAUAUAACAUUAAAAAAAAUUAUGAGAACCAUGGUUUGUAGAAAUACCGCCACAAGGUACACCACCGUUGAGGGCCAUUUUUUUUUAAAAGCACUAUGGGUAGAAGCUUUGACAUAAUAUUAUAAUUAAUGUAAUACCCCUGAGAUAGAUAACAAUAUUAUUACUACGCCUACUACUAAUAGCAAGUAGUAACUGCACUGUAUAGUUUCUCAUAAUAAUAAUUAUUAAUACAUAUUAUUAUUAUUGUAUAUUUUAAUACUUACUACUACUAUAUUUAAUUUAUUAUUGCUUUGUCCAGUGGCGUGCCCAGUAAUUUACAAUGGUAGGGGAUGUGACAAAUGGUAAAAUCUCACUUUGUGGUCAAAAAAAAAUUUAGUUUAAUUUAGUAUUUUUUUUUUAUAAAGGAACUUCAAUAUAAAAUUUUGACGAAAAUUGUUUGAGUAAAAAAAUGAUGUGGAACAAAUCUAAUUUUUCCAUUUUUUCAUUUUGAACAUACGUAUACUGCCGAUUUAUGAAUGAUGGUGAAGUCAGAGUUGAGAGGAUUAACUAAAUAUUGAAUAUUAUAGCAUUUUGAAGUCUUUUUUCAGGAUUAGGACCGUCAAAAUUAUUAUUUUAAUGUGGGCACGGUUAAAAAUGUUUGUUUUGUUUUUGCUUAGUACAACAAUAUGUCAUGUAUUUCCAAAAAAAGUGACCGGCAAUAAUUUAGUAGACUUGAAGUUCAAGUAUUGUGUAAAUUUCUUUUAAUUAUUUUAAGUCUUGUGAACUUAAAGUUUCAAUUUGACUUUUUUCUUUAAAUACUGAUUGAAUGGGUAAAUUUACAUUCCCUAAUGAAUGUUUCAUCAACGGCUUUUCUUUUAAAAUUAUUAUCUGUCGAUUUAUUUAUUGCCCAGCUAUAACUGUGACCUUUUUGUGGGGAGACAAUCUACCAUUCUUGCAAUUUUUCUUUACACAGUAAUACCUAUUACAAGUAUUCAGUAUACACACAGUCUACCUAUAGUAAUAAUAGUAUACUAAUUCUAGUGAAUAUUAUAAUAUAGGUACGUAAGAGUUUAUAGUCGGUUUUACAAAUGAUUUUUCAUAAUGACAAUAAUAAAAAAAAAAGAACUAUAAUAAUUUGCUUUCCGGUUGCCGUUUAUUUAACAUACACGAAAAGGUAAAUCGUUUAAGUUGUCAAUCCGAAUCACGCAAGACAACAAAACAAAGGAAAUAAAAAUCGGAAGUCUUGCGUUUAUUUUUCUUGUGCACGCACCGACUGUAUUGACUAAUCCAUAUUAUUUUCGUAAAGCGAGUAAAAUCUGAUAGUUGAUAGUCUGCAGUGUACAUUGCUGUCUGGUAAACCAUAAUACCUAUAGUAUUAAAAUAAUAUGAAGAAAACAUUUCAAACUCAUAAAAAUAAAAAACUUAAAGGUUUUUACGAUUACGUGUAUACUAUUACAUUGAGGAAAUCCAAUGGCAUACAAAUGUAUGAAAAACUAAUUUUUUAAAAGUGAAUUUGGUAAAAAACUAAGUAAAAAUAUAAAACACAUGAGUAGAAGAGCUCUGUUACUAGAGUCAAAUUUCCCCCAGCUAGCUCGUUGUCUUUAAAAUAUUUUACAUUUUUUUUAUAAUGAUAAGGAAUUGAUUAAACAAGUUUUAUUAAAAUAGGUAAAAUAGUUCUGCAGUAAAAAUAAACAAAUUUUUUUAUUUUCAUGAGUCUUUAAGGUUUAAAACCUGAUAUUGUUUGUGUAUAUGUGCAAUUUAAGCAUAAAAAUAUUUAAGAACGGGUUGAAAGUUAAAAACACCAUAAGACACAUCUUUGAUACUUAUAUACCAUAAAUAUAUAAAAAUAUAAACCCCUGGCUUCAUUUAGAGGAUCACACAGUUGAAGUGUAUACAUCUAAAAAACUACCUCUUCUUGUAAUAACAUGGUGAGAUUCACCUAAAAUUUUAUCACUUCAAUCCGUCAACAGAAAAGUACUCUAGUUUCUUAGUUUGAGCACUUUUGGUUCAAUAGAUAGUCGCUAAAACUGACUUAAUACAGUGCAAAAGUUGCUAUUUUCUGAAAAAUUCUACCUAAACUACUAUAGUCUUGAAAAUUAAACUAACAAAUUGUUUAGAAUAAAUCUAAAUUAGUUUAUGUCAAAGGAUACAAUCGGUUAUUAUAAUAUAGCUAAGAAUUUCAGUUUUUGAGUAACGAGUAUAGAUUAUAGAGUAUAUUUAUAACAUGUUCUUAUUGGAGGGGGAGGCGAUAUAAUAGUAAUUUUUGGGGGAAAUUGCUCUUUUAGAUUCAAAGCGAGGCGAAGAAUCUAUAAGUUCAAUAGAUCUAUAGAUCAAUGUCCGUGAUGUUUAAUGUUCACAAUUUAUAAUAAACUAUAUUAUACCUUCCUACUGAUCUUGAAUAAACUACCUAUAUUUCACUUAAAUUACUUUUUUUCUUAAAUAUUAUAAUGAUUAAUUUUGCAUGCGAUUCCGUUUAGGUAGUAUACGUACUCGAAUAUAUAACAACAAUACAACAUACAAUUUUAUUAGAAAAUUAUAGAUAUGUACAUUGGUAAAUUAGCAAAAAAAAAAACUAAUAUUUUACGAUGUCUUAGAACAUUAUGACGCCGCCUUGUAAUGGCACCCGAUUCCAAUGACCUCCUGGGCUAUUAAUACAUCCCCAGUUAUGGAUAUAAUUUGUAAUUCGCGAACGAAAAAAGUGCAUAGCUAUUGAUUAAAAUGUACGGAAACACGUUCCGGCCCCAUCGAUGUAAUAUUAAUUUUAAUGGUACCUAUCCUAUAAAAUCUAAAGUUCUAUUUAUCUACUAUUAUUAUACACAAUAAUAAUUAUUCGUUCUUACUAUUUAAUUGCUACAAAAAUAAAUUAUAAUUCGCAGAGACGCUGCAAUCUAGGUACGUUGACCUUUUACUUAAAAGUAUUUUAGGUACAGAAUAUUAUAUUAUAUUAUAAUCGUUUAUUAUGUACCGAUAAAAACAUGAAUAAAAUUUAAGUACUUAUAUAUAUUCAACGGUUAUAUAUAAAUUAAUUUUUAGUUCCUAAGUCCUUAACUACAACGCAUAAGUACCACGGUAUAGGUAUUAUUAUUAUAGUAUUGUACAAUCCAUGGUCGUCGGUCGGUGGCAAAGUCUGCGCGUGGUAUUACAAAACUCUUAUAUUAAAUCAGACUGCAUAACGAAAAUACACACGCAAUAACGAAAAUACGGGUGACAGGGGUGUUUUUUGGACAAAUAUUCGAGGUUGCCGACCUUGAUUUAUUGUACGGUGGGUAUAUGAAUAAUAUUAUAAUUUUUUCUAGCCACAUAAUUAUAUAACAUGAUAAUAAUAAACACAGUACCUACCACCUACCUAUAUUAUGACUCAAAGCGUAAAACGCGAAUAAGAAAUAAUGUUCAAUGACCCGUGAUUGGGGCCAUGAAAUUUUAAAUAAAUUAUCAUAUUAGGUAAGUAUCCAUAAAAUAAAAAUUAAUAGCACAAAUUGAAAAUACAGAUGCCUAUCGAUAGCCAAUUCGCAGAUCGUAUCAAUAAUAAGUCUUAAACUAAAAACUCACGCGAUUAUUUUAUAAUGUUUUUUUUUUUUUUUAUAACCGUAUUUUUUAGAUAUUAUACUUAUCUUUCUCUAUUAACAAUUAAUUAAACAUAGUUGUGAACUUUUUAAAAGUUUUUGAUUAAUUGGUAGAUACUUAUAGUAUACAUACAGAAAAAUAAAUAAAAUCUAGAUAUUGAUUUUAAAAUAAAGUUUCAAAUGUUAUGUAAUUACUUAAAAGGAUCAAGCGUAAAAUAAAAUAAGUUUAAAAUGUAAGAAAAAAACAAUAAGAUUUAAAUAUUGGUUUUGUUGAUAAAUUAACGUUUAAAUUUACGAAAUGUUAUUGUUUCUUUUUGGCACCCACUACAAAAACAAUGGGAAUAAAAACAUUUACAAAAUAUAGUUCAAUCUGCUACGAAUAUUUUCUUUGAUGCUAUACACUCCUCAAUUCUUUAGUUUGAUCUACGAGCUAAUUUUACUACAAAAAAUAUUGGGCUGUUUCUUAACAUUGAUAAAUGUAAAUCUUUGUCCUUCACUCGACGCCGCUAUCCUCAUUUAUUCUCCUAUUCAAAAUAUGAUACCGUCCUCAUUCCCGUUAAUAGUGAUGUUUGCAAUCUUGGUUUUAUCUAUGUUCUUUCAUUGUGCCUAAGGCCCAUAUUAAUCGUAUUACGUGUAAGAUAAAUAAGGUACUAGGUUUUAUAAAGAGAAUCGCAGGAAAUUUAAAUUGUUAAAGUCUUUAAAGGAGUUUUACUGUGCAUUAGUCAGGCCCAUCCUUGAGUAUGGUCCCGUGGUGUGGAAUCUUUACUCAAUGAUAUACUGCCAAUAAAUCGACCGAGCCUAGUGUAUAUUUCUCAGCUUCCCUGGUUUCAAGUUAAACAUUAUCCAUUUGCCUUAUAUAUCCAUUGCUAUAUUUCCUGAGACAGUAGAGAUAAUCAAAGUCAAUUUUUUUUUUUAUAUAUUUAUAUAUACGCAGGGGUAACGUCUACAAAUAUUUGUAUUUGAAUUAAAUUUUUAUGUUUUGCUAAAAUAAUUUUAAAAAACAACUUUAUAUUUUAUUAUUUUCGAAAAAUUUGAAGAUUGUUGUUUAUUCUUCUGAAAAUGUUGGCGUUUCAACUAUUCGUUUUUGUUAAACUCGUGAUUUUUAAUAAUUUUUUAUAGUUCAGAGAAAAGUAUCUAUAAUUAUGCAUGAGGCUGUAAUCACAUUCACUAAUUUAUUAUUUUAUUAGUGUAGAUAAUUGAUUACUUACACUUUUUUUCUCUGAACUUUAAAAAAAUGAUUAAAAAUCACGAAUUUAAUGAAAAUAAAUAUUAGAUAUUUACGUAAAAAUGUUCAGAAGAAUCUAUAACUAUAAAACGAAUAGUUAAAAAAAAAAUAAAUAAGACGGUUUUUUUUUACGUUUAUUAUACAUUUUUUUAACGGUAAAAUAUUGAUGUACAUAGGUACAUAGGUCAUUUUAGUUUGUCAAAAAUACUCCGACACAAUCGAUGUAUAUCUUUUUAUAGUAUACCUUUUUGCACCAGCGCAAUAAUAUAUAUAUAUAGACGGUGUCCUAAAUUUGACGCAAUUGACAAAUAUCGUUUUAGUCGUAUAGAAAUUAUUUUUUUUUAAUCGUUCGUUACAGGCUUUACGCCGGAAGAAGGGUUUCCGGUCAUGGUUUGGUUCCAUCCUGGCAAUUUUCAGUGGGGAACGCCGAUGCAUUGGGACGCUUCUGUUUUGGCUGCUCGACACAAAGUACGUACUUAUAUGUAAUGAAAAUAUAAGAAUAUUUAAAAUAUUAUUACCUAAACUGCGUUUUAAUUGUUCAGGUUUAAUAUUUUAGAUUCUAUGUGCAAUAAAGAAUGUAUUGAUUUUACUAUGAUGUAUGCUUAUUAUUAUUAUAGUUCUUUUUCUGUUUACGAACAACUUUUCUGGCAAAGUUUUUACACUGAAAUUCAAGGGUAGAAUCUUCUCUGAGAUAAGAGAAAGAGAGAGUGAGAGAGAGCAGAAAUCAGAGUAAAAUCUACAUUCUUUGCUUCGCUUAAAAUCGAAUACUCAUUUAGGUACCAUUUGUGAGGCGGCAAGGCGCGUGGCAUUUUAUUAAUGUUCCAUUACUCUCCCACAAUUUAAACUUAAAAGUGGAAUAUCUUGUUAACGAAAAGACGAAAACCAGAAAUGUUGACACUGAAAUGUAUUUAAAGUAAUACUCCGCCUAUUUAUAGACUUUUUUUUUUACAUAGGUUCUCAUUUGAAAAACUAAAUUUAGUAUCAUCAUUUAUCACAGGAUACUCUUAAAAUGUUGUGAAAAAUCUAUGAAUUCGAAAAUAUCGACUUUAAUCACACUUAGAAAUUCCAAAAAAUGAGAAUUUGAAUACAUGUAAAAUUUAACCCGAAAAAUGGGGUGGCACGCUUAGUGAAUUACCCUGCAUAUACAUAUAUUAGCCUUUUUUAGACGCAGUAAAAUUUUCGAAACAUUCUGACGAUUUUUAGUUAUUUAUUACAACUUAAAAUUGUUUAGCUUUUGGUCGGUUUAAUAGGAGUAAAAAAAAUUUAAAAAGGUUCAUUACAACUUGAUCAAAAAACACAUAUGAACUACAAAACUUUCCCACUAGAUUAGAAUUUUCUCCAAAUCGACUUGUUCUACAUCUCCCAUUUACAAGUACAUAUUUUAACGAAGUUAUUUACUUUCAACUGUGAGAAUAUUUUUUGUGAAAACAUGAAAUCUUAGAGUAAAAAUAUUAGGGAAGUGGGUUGAAAGUAGAAACCACCAUAAGGAACAUCUUAAUAUUUACACACAUAAGUACAAAAUUACAUCCCUCUGGCUUCAUUUAGGAGAUCUGUAGAGAUAUACAAAACUAAAAAUCACCUUUACCCCCUACAAUAUAGUGAAGUUCAUAUCUAAAUUCAAUUAAAAUUGUAUCUCUACAUUUCACCUAUAAAAAACUAUAGGUUUUUAUAUUAUAGUUUUAUAGUUUUUCAAACUAAUUCCUUAGCUUGAGCUUGUAUAUUAUGAUCGAAAAGGUGUUUAAAGGACCGCUAAAAGUGUUAAAAAGUAACGCGAAAUAAAUAUACAUAUAUAAUUUUAUAUGAAAGAUAUAAUAUAUACUCUCUAUUAUUGGGGCAAAUUCGAUAAAAAAAAAGUCACAUAAUUGUAUAGUUUUUUUUAGAAACGUUUUAAUUUUUAAGUCUAAAAAGAAAAUAUAUUCAAGCAUUUGAAAUAGAACGAAAUAUUGUGAAUAAUCAUGUAUAAGUGAAUACUUUUUAUUCGAUCGCAUACGUUUUUAAACCAAUGAACUGUAAUGUCAAGUAUUUCCUUACGUUUAUUUAAUAGAAAAAAUUCAUCACGCAACACUUUAAAAAAAAAGCCCUCCUUGCCACGCAUGUAACAUUUAUUAUGGUUAUAAAUGCGUACACACGUGGGUAUAACGCAUAUUUAUAUAGGUACCGAGCCGAAGACAUAUAGCUAAGAAUAACUAUCCCAAGAGAGGCACGCUAUGAUAAACGUCUAUCCCUAGAAGAUUUAAAAAAAAAAAAAAAAAUCGGAACAUCCUACAGUGUCAUAAAAAUCCAAUGUUGGUCCACGUAAUAAAAAAUGAUUUUCAUUUUGAUUUUAUACGAAAAUGACUCACUUUCGUAGUUCCGUAUUUCAUUUGUUAUAAUUUAAAAUUAAAGAGUAAAUUUGCAUUUAUAAUUUUAUUAUUAGCAUCUCGUAUUUAAGGAAUAACAUAUAGGCAAUUCUCUCGACAUUUUGUAAAAGACAAAAAUAUUAACAUUUAUUUUUAAAUACAAGUAAGUACAAGUUAAUACAAGAAGUUCUGUGUGUUUAUUAUAUUCGUAUACAAUGUACAAGUGUGAAAUUAAACAAAUACUUAAAAACUAAAAACUUCUCGGGAUUAAAAGUGCUUUACCUUGCAAUAAAGGGAACCUGCAUUGUUCAGUGCAGGUUUUAGUUUUUCGAUUAUAAAAAUGAUAAAAUUAGUUAAAACAACUUAAAAUUAUUUCAUUUUAGAACAAUAAUAAGUACGAGUAUAACUUUUAGAUUCUAAACGUUGCGAGGUUGGUAAUGUUUUGGUUUUAAAAUGAUAUGUGUUUUUUUUAUUUUUGUCUAUUACCAACUUUUCUACAUGAAAUUUUGUUCCAAUCAAAAAUUGACAAAAGAGCUUUUAUAAUUUCGAAUUUAGUUGGUACAUAGAAAAGGUAGUUCAUUAAUUUUUAAAGCAAUUUUCAUAAUAAUCGAGGAAAAAAUGUGUAAGAAAAACAAACAAAUUCAGGGCAAUACAAGUUUUAUAAGAGUUUUUUUAUUAUUUUAUUAUCAGAUUUUUUUUCUUAUCAGGAACAUUGCUCCGAAAUUCAAGUAUAACAUUUUUUCUGAGAAGAAAUUUGAUCUUGUUGAAUCAUAUGGAGAUUGUUUUUGGAUUAGUAGUUUUUUCAAUAAUUGGAAAAAUCGGGGGAAAAUUAGGAAAAGGAAAUAAAGGUUUCCUUACUUUUAAUUUAAUUAUUUUGUUGUGAUUCGGUUGAAAAUAAUUAUAGAGAUCUGAAACUAUUAAAACAAUAGUUAUAUUAGCUUUUUCUAGACGUGGUACAAUUUCCGACACAUUCUAGUGACUUCCCAGAUAUUUAUAUAGGAAUUCGACAUUUUUUAGUUUUUGGUAUUUGUUUGGUUCUUUGUGGAAACAAUUGUUUUGACCGAUCAGAAUUUUUGAAAAUUUAAUACGAGAACAAUCGUAAUUUAAUUUGAUGUAAAAAAAAAAAAAAAUUGUUUAGUUUUAUGUAGUAUUUUAUUUUUAUAAGAAGUUUAGUUCAAAUUUUGAUGAAAAUCGUAUAAAUCACGACAUUUCAAAAUAUGUUUUACUGAACAUCAUUCGGAAUCGUAUUUCGUUAGUAAUGGUUUUAUCGUUGUACUGAUAAAAAAUAAAAUAAUUGUAUGUAUUCUACCUUUCUAAUUUUUCACCAAUAAUGGUGACUCACCCAUCAACAGUAUUCAUCUCAUGUUUUUUUAAAAUUUAAAAUUUAUCGAAAACUAAAACCGAUGUGUGCAAAUUUGCCCUUUUUUUUAUGCUGAAAAUUCUGUUUCAUAAUUAAGCCUAACUAAUUAGUAUCCACGUAAAAUUGUUUUUACAGAUGGAUCGCGGGCCCUUAUAAUUUAUAAAAUAUUUAGUAUUUAUAAUGAUAUACGUAGGUAACGAGUUUUUUGUGAUAUUUAAACAUAACAUUAUAGCUGUUGUGUAACACAAAAUAUUAAAUCAACGAACGAUGUACGUAUUAUACACUAAAACAUAGUGUGUACAGUUUCAUAACACGUCAUUGUCUUAAGGAUUAUUUUAACGAUAACAAAUUGAUCGAUGCUGUUACGGUUACUUAACCAGUUAACCUACUCUUCUGUUGUGUAAACUGUGUAGUACACAUAUAACUCCUACCCCUCAUUCCACAUUACAUUUCACGUCACAAUUGUGACGCUCUAUACAAUAAUUAUUAUUAGUAUUAGUGAUUGAUAAUACAAUGAGCUAUUAUAGUAAUGUCACAUAAAUCCGGAUUAUGAGACAAUUCAAAAAAUACGGAUUUGGGACUUCAAAUUCCAAAAAUUCCUAUUUUGAAUUUCAAAAUUCGAAUUUUUGAUUUUUGAAAUCUAUUGCAUAUUGUGUAUAUAUUUUUGCAAUUUGUAUGUUUUAAAGUAAUGUAUUAAAUGAUUUUUAACAAAAAAAUAAUUAAAAAUGUAUGGAAUCCGGAUUAUCGAACUUUGACAAAUCCGGAUUUUUCCCACCACUUUAAACUAUUCUAAAACUGGUUUUAACCGCCCUCUUCUUUUGGUCGCGCACUUUUGUUCUUAUAUAAUAUAAUUUAAUAUUGUAUAUACAGGUGAUCGUGGUGACAACAGCGUUUCGGCUGAACAUACUUGGCUUCUAUACGGACAACACUGCGGUCGCACCGGGCAACUGGGGACUGAUGGACCAGGCGACCGCGUUGGACUGGGUCCGGAAGAACAUCGAUAGCUUCGGUGGUGCGCCGCACAACGUAACGGUGUUCGGACAGGGCUCGGGCGCGGUAAGCGUGGGCUUGCACGUGGUGUCGCCGUGGUCCCGAGAUAAGUUCCAGCGGGCGAUCAGCAUGAGUGGUAACGCACUGAUGCGGACAGCCGUAGUCUCGUCAAGUGGAUCGGAAGAAGUGCUGACUAAGCUGGCUGAUAGGUUCAACUGUUUUUUAAACACGUUGACCGGGUGCCUGAAAAACGUGGACGCCGACGAGCUGGUUAAAGUGGGCACUUCUUUGAAUAUAAACUGGGGCCCGGUGAUUGACGGCCCGGUGCUGGUCAACAACAGUGAAGGCCGCGAACCGUUCUUGCCGGACGCGCCGGCCGAGAUGAUGGCUAACGGCCGGUUUACCGCGGUCCCGCAUUUAAUCGGCUACAACCGAAUGGAGGACGCGUACGAUGCGUUCGCGGAGGACGAAGACAAUGGUAUCAGCGGUGAGAGUAUUACCGAACGAACGAGAAAAGUGAGAGAACAGUUCGAGGCCUUGGUUCGGGACAUCACGAUGGACGACUUCGAAGAUAUGCAACUAAGGCGACGGUCACAGCAACCGACGGUUGUUCCGGCGUUGGCGGACGAAACUUCUGACGGCGGCAGUGCCGCCGGCGGUGGCAACAACUAUGAAGAUGGAAACUGUACAAUAAACGCAGAUUUCGUAGUGGACACAUUGUUGAUGCGGUACGCCCGGCAAACGGACGACCCGGAAACGCUGCGUCGGAACUAUGUAAUAAUGGCCGCCAACAAGAAGUACUGGGCCACCAGCUACCGUGUAGCCGCGUAUGUCUCGCGGUACAACGCGACAUACGUGUACCGGUACGAGUACAAGCUGCGUGUGGCCAAGGCACUGCUCAACGCGGCCGAGUGGAUGGACGCUCCAAACGGCGCCGAGCUGCCUAUGGUGUGGGGCAUGCCGUACUGGUCGACGGCCGUGGCCGGCGACUGGACUGCCGCCGACCGGCGGAUGUCUGACAUGGCCAUGUUCAUAUGGACCAAUUUCGCCAAGUACGCCGACCCGGCGUACCGGAACCCGGUGUUCAACGUCAAAUGGGACGCGUUCCAGCCCAGCAAUCCCCGGGCGAUGGUAUUGGACAAGGUAUUGAACAUGUCGGCCGUCGACCAGGAACCCGAGUUUUGGAACGACUACUAUCCCAAGGUGGUGGCCGUUUCAAUGCAGUGUUGCUACAACUACACCGUCGAAUCGGCCGCCACACCGUCGGCCCCGCACUUAGGUCUGCGCGGUAACGGAUGGCCGUCGGCGGUACUGUUAACGGUACUGCUGUCGCUAUCGCAUGCCGCGAGCUUUUCGCCUAUCGCUUGAGCCACACCGCCAACGCUACAACCGCACACGAUACAAUAAUAAUAUUAAAUACGCGUUUUGUAACUCGUCAUUUUCUCCGGCGUCGCAUACCAAUAUUAUGUAUAUUGUAUAUUGUAUAGUGCCUAAUUCUUUAUUCACGUUCUCAUGCAGCGUCAGACCGUCACCGCGAGAACGAACCUAGUUUAUCGCGGUGUAUAUACGAUAGCCGGCACGGCCAACGCGAAGAAGUUGAACGACGAAUUUCGGAUUUCGUCAACAUCGAAGAAUAAUAUUUAUUAUUAUUACGCGCAACGGGCGACACUGACGAGGGCUUGGAAAAUUUGUCUUUAUUCGGAUGUUAACGUGACACUGAUUUUUCAACCCGACCCAUGGGUACCUAUUUUUAACAUUGCACUUAAAAACCAACGCGGAAUACGGAAAAUCGGCAAAAUUAUCCAU